UUUCGCAGCUAUCCAUCGUGUUCUGGAGCUAUAGCACCAGGGUUGGCUGCAGACAUGCACUUCAAGGAUGACGUGAUCGCCUUCAUAGGUCCAGCCUGUGCCUUCGCCCUCGAGCCAGUCGCAAGGCUAGCAGCCUACUGGAAUACGCCUAUCAUUACUGGUAUGGGAGACCAGCCCCCAUCCGAGGGAGAGCUGGCUGCACCGGCUAGUGUGGUCAGUCGUAUGCAUCGCCUUAGAAACCUGCGCAAGGGCACUAGACCACAAACGCUGUUCAACGACAAAGGAAAGUACCCAACGUUGACGAGGAUGUCGUACUGCCAGUGUCGUCUGCCUCGUGUCUUUAGCAGCGUGUUCGAGAGGUUUGGCUGGGCACACGUCGCGUUGCUACUCGACAAGUCAGAUCUCUUCUCUUUAACUGUCGGUAAAAGCCUGGAGUGGGGACUUCGGAAGAAAGGAGUCUUGAAAGCCGUGAGGGAACUGGACGGCAACGAGAGGGAGUCUUGUGAAGCACUACUCAAAGAUGUCAGCAUGUACGCCAGAGUGGUAAUACUGAGCGUGCGUGGCUCGCUAGUGCGUGAGUUCCUAUUGGCUGCGCACACGCUUGGAAUGACGCGCGGUGAUUGGGCCUUCCUCGACGUUGAAAUAUUUCAGGGUGGGUAUUGGGGAGAGACGGGCUGGGCAGCUGAUGAUGAGAGGGACACUGCAGCUCGAGCAGCCUACGAAGCCCUACUCCGAGUCUCCCUCAAACUACCAACAGGAGACAGAUUCGAUGAAUUCGCUGAUGCAGUCAGAGCUAGAGCCAAACAACACUAUAACUAUUCAUUCUCUGAUGGAGAAGAGGUCAAUUUCUUCAUCGGAGCUUUCUAUGAUGGGGUGUACCUACUCGGUAUGGCGCUGAACGAGACCUUGACAGAAGGUGGAGAUAUCAGGGAUGGGAGAAACAUCACCAAGCGUAUGUGGGGGCGAGACUUUCAUGGUAAGGGCUAA